AUGACCCGCAUACAUUACGCUUCUGUAAAUAUCACCCAGCCGCGCCCUGGAAUGGUAAUCAAUACCAACAUACCCUCUACAGCGGACGACGGAAGGUGUCGAGAUGGCCAUGAUCACCGCCAGAGACUUGGUAUGGAUUCCCUCCCAGACCCAGCCAUUGACAUGGAUUCUAACAUUCAACAGAGACGAAGGCUCCCCAGAGGAGACAGCUGCGACGCAGCCUCCCGCGACCCGACCGUCAAGAUCGAUCUCUCAGGCCGCAAGCUAACCGACGAGGGCUUCGAUAUAUUCAUCGAUACCCUGCUCGAGACUCACCAGAAAGAGAAAGACGACAAUCACCCCGAAGGCUUUGUCCGGCUCUUCGAGCUUCAACUGAGCGGCAAUUGUCUAACCUUCAGGUCAUUGCCCAAGCUCGGCAUGGCAAUCAGACUCAGCACCGGUGAUCUGAGCAACCUUGAUCUGUCUCAUAACUGUAUCGAGCUCAGUACCACCAGGGAAAAGGCGGCUUGGAAGUAUUUCUUGACUUCCUUUGAGGAGUGUUACAUGCUCAAGAAAGUCAACUUCAGUGGAAACCCUCUCGGUACUCCCGGCGUGGAAAUCCUGGCUAGGAUAUACACCCGCAGCAAACUGGGGUUCCCGGAUCAGAAUGCCCCUCUCCCUGUGGAAGAAUACCAUUCCGGCGUUGUUGGCCAAAGCGAGGACCCGGCCUCUAGUAACAAUGCUCGUGGCAUUGAUCUCUCUAUCUAUGCCAAAGAUCAGAGCCCCGCGAAUACUGAAGAUCAGGACGCAAUGCCCCAACCUCAGGGAACAUCCGAGAUUGCAUCCGAGAGCAAUCGGAGACACUUCCGCAAAACUCGUGGACUGCGGUCAGUGCCGGAGUUGAUUGUGACCGGAAUCCCCAUGUCAGCCACUGGAGUUAUCCAUCUGGCCAGUAUUCUGUGCAUGCAGGAAUCACGCGAGGUCCUCUCUUUAUAUCUUCCAAAGGCGAAGGUGGCUGCCUCUCGACCGGAAGCCGGGGGAAAGAAUCUAAGCAUCACUUGGCAUCUGAAUGAGCAUUUGCCUCAACAAGUUCGUCAAUUGUUGUAUUGGGCAACUGACAUUGCGGAGCAAGCUCCGAGUUUCUAUCAAAACAGUCUCACUGUGGCGAUUAAGAAAUUAGAGGUUCCUCAAAGCCCGACUGCUCCGUUGAAAGGUAGAUCAUGGAGAGGAAGAUCUGAUAUGAAAUUCCAAUGGGUCACUAAAAACCUCUGA